UGUUAUUCUCGUUGGUAAUUUGGAUCGGAUAACUGAAAGGGAAUACGAUAAUGGCGGCAGCUAGCGGUGCAACGAGCGGAGAGAAAGGUUCAGUACACAUCGUGUACACGGAAAGACCCGAAGGCGACGAACCCGAAGCUCAUCACGUCCGAACUCUGGCGUCGGUCCUCGGCAGCGAGGAUGCUGCGAAGGAGGCGUUGGUCUACACUUACAAGAACGCGGCGUGCGGUUUCUCGGCCAAGCUUACUCCGGCACAGGUGGAUGAAAUCUCAAAGAAACCGGGUGUUCUUCAGGUGGUGCCGAGCAAGACAUACCAGCUGCAUUCCGGACCGGGGGUAAUGCGGCAGUAGGUGGUAAGAGGACUUGUUGAUUGUUUGAUGUUUCUCCUAUAGAGAAAAUCCAUCAACGUCUUCAAAAACUGCCUUUUCCUUUAUUAUGUAAAUAGCUGCAUGACUUUGGAUACAAAAGUUACACCAAGAAACACAUGGAUGAUAAAAUAAGUGCUCGUGGAAAUUACUAGACUUCCAGUGGCUGCUGCU